AAAGAGUCAGUGUACACAGUAGCAACAGGAGAGCUGCACCUGUUCCUCUUCUCACUGUCUCUCUCUCUCUCUCUCUCUCUCUGUUUCUCUCUGUCUCUCACUCCCCCUUUCAUUUUGGGUGGAGGGGGGUCACCCAAGGAAUGGAUCCCAAGGAAUGUGAAGGAAAUGACAGAGAGAAUGAAAAAGAGGAGAAGAAAGAGAAGGACAGGAAGAUUAAGAGAAGGCCCUUUCUCAGGUACCUGGAGAGGAGGAGGACAGACACCAUCGUGGACGAUGACUCGGGUAAAGCAGACGUCAGCAUCAACACGCUGGUGCGCCGGAGUCAGUCCGAUAAGACCGAAUACAGCGCCAAACUCAAAGGAAAACUGGCACCCCAUGAACUCCCGCCCCCCUUACUGGAACCUGAGGAGAUCCGUCACAGGAAGAUGGUGAAAAGGUCAAAGGUCAUCGAGGAGCUGGUGAGGACAGAGGAGGAUUACCUGAGAGGCCUGGACCUGUGCAUUAGGGAAGUGCUGACACCUCUACGCAACACACAGGUGGUGGAUGUGGAGCGUCUCUUCACUAACAUGGAGUCUGUGAGUGCUGUAUCAGCCGAGCUGCUGCUCAGACUGCAGGAAAUCACAGCAGAACCUGAUCCAGAAACACAGCUCAUAGGGGAGGUGUUUAUCCAGGCGAAGGGUGCGUUGGAGGAUGUGUAUAAGAUUUACUGUUACCACCACGACGAGGCCAGUGCUCUGUUAAAGAGCUAUGACACGCAGGAGGAGGCGCAGCAGCACUUCAGGACCUGUAUAUCUGCACUCAAGCAGAUUUAUGACCAAGAAGGGAAAUCCAACCUCCUGGACAUGGGGUCUUUACUCAUUAAACCUGUGCAGCGUGUGAUGAAAUACCCCCUCCUAUUGGCUGAGCUGCAGCAGGCCACACCCAUUGAUCAUCCUGACAACCAGCCAUUGCAGGAAGCGCUAACGACAGCGAAGAUCAUCAACGCCAACAUCAACGAGUUCAAGAGGAGGAAGGACAUCGUGAUGAAGUAUAAGAGGAGUGAUGAUGAAGGAACACUGAAGGGAAAACUGAACAAAAUAAACAUCCACUCCAUCAGGAAGAAAUCCGACCGAAUCACUGGAUACUUCAAGAUCCUCACCGGAGUGGAACCACAGGUGCGUGACGAAGCCUUUGAUAGAGAGGAGAAACUCUUCCGUAAUCUGGAGAAAGCCGUCAGACAGCUGAUCAAAAACCUCAAUGUCUAUCUGCUCCAUGCACAGGACAUGAUCGCGGUGGCGGUUCAGGAUGUGGAGGACUUAGAGGCCAUCAUGAAGGAUCCUGAUAAAAUCGACACCAAUGGAUUUCAGCACAGGAGGAAUGGUCAUGAUCCCUAUAAACGCCUUGUAGAGCGGUUGGAGUGGUCGGUGCUGUCCCCCCUGUCUUCUCUACAGACCAUGUUCUCAUCCCCUCAGAAGCUGAUCCAGAAACGUUACGAUAAGCUGCUGGACUCGUGUUCCUCAGGCAGUGAGGAGCAGCUUCAGGCUCAGCGUGACUACCAGGCGCUAAACGCUCAGCUCACCGUCGAGCUUCAGCGCUUCAACCACGCCGCCCAGACCAUCCUCACCAACUGCCUGCUCACGGUCAUCAAGCUGCUCAGGGAACUGACCGAGGGGGCCAGACCAUCCGUAUACCAACUUCCUGCUCCUCUGUCGAACAUCAGCGAGGUACAGAACAGCAUCAUGGAGGAGAUCAGCAACCUGAUGUUCUUCAGAGAAAACGCACAGAAGCUGAUGGAGAGAAAAGUCAGCUUUGAGAAACGAGAGAAGAAGAACAUGGCGGUAGAGUGUGUGCAGCCCCAGGCAGAGUGUGUAAGGUCCAUGCUGAUCUCUCAGUAUCCUUCUGAUCGUCUGUAUGAGCUGAAGAGGAAGUGUAACGCCACUCAGGAUCAGGACGUCACACUCCUGCAGGGGGAACUGGUGGCCUUACUGGAAGAUCAUGACCCAUUCGGCAGCGUCACCCGCUGGCUCGUCGACACCGGGAGCACGCAAGGCUACGUGUACUCGACCUUCCUGAAGCCGUAUAACCCUCAGCGAGACGUUCACAGCGAAAGCACUGAUGAUUUUGACAAUCUCAGUCUGUUCGUGUCAGGCAGCAGGAGGGGCAGUCACUCCAGCUACAGUCCGUCCACUCCGUCCAGCCAGCAGGAGGAGACACCGAGCACAGACGAUGAGGAGCAGCAUUUCUACGCAGUGUAUGCAUUCGUGGCACGCUGUGAGCAGGAGCUCAGUCUGCAGGAGUACCAGCACGUCCGCAUCCUACAGUUCUCCGACCAGGGGGGAAACAAAGACUGGUGGCUCGCUGAGUCCAAGGGCCAGAAGGGCUACGUCCCCGCUAACUACCUCGGCAAGAUGUCCUACGCCUGAGGACAUGACAACACACCCAGGCUGUGUUCCAAUUCCACACACCCUCGCCCCUCUUAGUGUCUCUUACCUCAUCAGCAUCAGUUAACCCCGAGUGGAUGAUAGUGUUCAUAUACACUAUAUAGUGUCUAGUUUGUGUGGUUUGGGAUGCAACCCCAGUGGACUGAUUAUAUAGUGCACAUAAACACCAUUGUGUCACCCCCAGUGGAUUGAUGAUGAUGGUUAAAUGGCCUACAUAGUGAAUAGGGUGUGGUUUGGGACACACCCACAGUGGACCAAUGAUUAUGCACACUAUGUAGUGUCUAGGUCGUGUAAUUUGAGACGCACCCCCAGUGGACUGAUGAUGGUGUUUAUGUGGCCUAUAUAUAGUGUCUAGGUUGUGUGGUUUGGGACACACCCACAGAUGACUGAUGAUGGAGUUUAGUGCACACUUGUAAUAUAGAUGAUAUGAGGGGAAGUUAACGAGGGUGCAGAUGGGAACACCUCCUCGUUACUGAUUAUUAACACUGUUUAGAAUAAAUACUGAUUUGCCGUGUGGUGUAAUGAAGGCCAAACCCGCACUAAGAGACGAACACUCUUAGCACUUUGAUCUACACGUCUGUGUGCAGUGUUUCAUUUCACAGAAGGUUUUAUCAUGAAGAGAAAAAUGCUUUAAUAUAAAUAUAGAUCUAUAUGUUUAGCUAUAUAUUUAAAGAGUAUGUAUGAUUAUAGAAAUGCUAAAGAAUAGUUUUAUAACAGAUGAGUCAAAUUUAAAUGUCCUGAUGAAUAAAUCUAUUUUACACAUAA